AUGAUAGAAAUGCGAAGUGUUUAUUUCGGAACUCUUUUAUUGGCGCUAUUUCCCAACUGCUAUGCCGCGAACGAUGUUUGUGCUGGUUUAGAAGAUGGCACACGCCUCCCUUCCAAUCUUCAAUGUGAUAGUUUCAUAAUUUGUAAGGGUCAGCGAAUUUUCUCGGUUGGUAGAUGUCCUCGUGGAUUGCAUUUCAAUCGUCGCCUUGCCGUUUGCGAUUUAAAGCGGCGUGCUCGCUGUGAUGGGGCUCUGGUACUGCCAAGCCUCGGCAUAAGGUCGGAGACAAAGGAAUGUUCCAGUGAUUGUUGCGGCUGUUGUAAUUGUUGCAACUCGAAACCCAUUCCUUCAGCAUGCUCUGAUGUGCGUUUAGUUCCCGGCAUAUCAUCUCCCCCUGGUGUACCAUCAACCGGCCCUUCAGGUACAACUUGCAAUAACAAAGGUGUAUGUGAUAAUCAACCCGAUGGUGCCAUGUUCCCUGAUCCUUCAUCUAACGGCUAUAUAGUAUGCCAGUGUGAGUGUGAAAUUCCAAUGCCCUGCCCCGAGGGUUUAACCUUCAAUCCAGUACUGAAAGUUUGUGAUUGGCCGAAAAACUCCACAGGAACACCAAGCACUAAAUCUACAACAUCAACUUCAGUUACGACUUCCACACCAAGUGAUUCGUCCCCAUUAGACACAUCCUCAAGUCCAAUUGUUACAACUCCUUCGGAUACUUCCUCAACGUCAAUUAACACUACUCCAUUGGAAAAUACAUCAACGCCAAUUGGGUCAUCUAGUCCAGGUACAUCUUCAACACCUACUGACUCAACCACCUUACCAACGCGUUCAACGCCAAGUAGCCCAGCCACAGGUCCAUCAGGUACUACUUGCAAUAACAAAGGUGUAUGUGAUAAUCAACCCGAUGGUGCCAUGUUCCCUGAUCCUUCAUCUAACGGUUAUAUAGUAUGCCAGUGUGAGUGUGAAAUUCCAAUGCCCUGCCCCGAGGGUUUAACCUUCAAUCCAGUACUGAAAGUUUGUGAUUGGCCGAAAAACUCCACAGGAACACCAAGCACUAAAUCUACAACAUCAACUUCAGUUACGACUUCCACACCAAGUGAUUCGUCCCCAUUAGACACAUCCUCAAGUCCAAUUGUUACAACUCCUUCGGAUACUUCCUCAACGUCAAUUAACACUACUCCAUUGGAAAAUACAUCAACGCCAAUUGGGUCAUCUAGUCCAGGUACAUCUUCAACACCUACUGACUCAACCACCUUACCAACGCGUUCAACGCCAAGUAGCCCAGCCACAGGUCCAUCAGGUACUACUUGCAAUAACAAAGGUGUAUGUGAUAAUCAACCCGAUGGUGCCAUGUUCCCUGAUCCUUCAUCUAACGGUUAUAUAGUAUGCCAGUGUGAGUGUGAAAUUCCAAUGCCCUGCCCCGAGGGUUUAACCUUCAAUCCAGUACUGAAAGUUUGUGAUUGGCCGAAAAGCUCCACAGGAACACGAAACACUAUAUCUACAAGAUCAACCACCUUACGCACGCCUUCAACGCCACGUAGCCCAGCCACAGGUCCAUCAGGUACAACUUGCAAUAACAAAGGUGUAUGUGAUAAUCAACCCGAUGGUGCCAUGUUCCCUGAUCCUUCAUCUAACGGCUAUAUAGUAUGCCAGUGUGAGUGUGAAAUUCCAAUGCCCUGUCCCGAGGGUUUAACCUUCAAUCCAGUACUGAAAGUUUGUGAUUGGCCGAAAAGCUCCACAGGAACACCAAGCACUAAAUCUACAACAUCAACUUCAGUUACGACUUACACACCAAGUGAUUCGUCCCCAUUAGACACAUCCUCAAGUCCAAUUGUUACAACUCCUUCGGAUACUUCCUCAACGUCAAUUAGCACUACUCCAUUGCAAACUACAUCAACGCCAAUUGGGUCAUCUAGUCCAGGCACAUCCUCAACACCUACUGAUUCAACCACCAUACCAACGCCUUCAACGCCAAGUGGCCUAGCCACAGGUCCAUCAGGUACUACUUGCAAUAACAAAGGUGUAUGUGAUAAUCAACCCGAUGGAGCCAUGUUCCCUGAUCCUUCAUCUAACGGCUAUAUAGUAUGCCAGUGUGAGUGUGAAAUUCCAAUGCCCUGCCCCGAGGGUUUAACGUUCAAUCCAGUGCUGAAAGUUUGUGAUUGGCCUCGCAACAUUGCAUCCACCGGCUCGUUGGGUACCGCCUGUAAUAAAAAGGGUAAAUGUGAGGGUCAGCAAGAUGGCACUCUAUUUGCAGAUCCCGAUUCAAGUGGCUAUAUAAUUUGUGAACGCGAAUGUGAGGUACCUAGGCCAUGCCCAAAUGUUAUAAUUUUCGCGAUUCUGGUGCUAGCCGCAGAAGCAGAUUAUGUGAGUGAAACGAGAUGUACCAACACGAUGAUCGGUUAUAGACUCCCUCAUCUAAUUGACUGUGCCAAAUUUGUAAUAUGUACAAACACAUCGUUUGGGCUUGCCCGAAAUUGUCCGAAUGGUCUGCAUUUCAAUGCAGAUAAUGCAGUAUGCGAUUAUCCAUCACAAGCCGGUUGCUCCAAGGAAAGAUCUUCUGGGAUAGCUAAUUGCGAAUGUGAUUGUAGUCUGUGUUAUCAAAGCUGUACUACAGAGACUCCAAUCAUUACACAGGCAGAGACAACAUCGCCAGCAGCAACUUCAACUUCAACUGCUUGUAAUCUGGGAACUUCAACAUCACCAACACCCACUGAUACUUCGCCAACGUCUAUAUAUUGUUCUCCAACACCUACGCAUGGCUCACCAACUACAACUGCAGCCUAUUCAACUCCUACUGAUGAUUCAACCGCUUCUACAGAAGUCUUUUCAACACCUAACAUUGGGUCACCGACUCCCAACCUUGACUCUUCAACACCUACGCAUGGCUCACCAACUACAACUGCAGCCUAUUCAACUCCUACUGAUGGUUCGCCUUCCUCGACGGAAGGUUCGCCAACCGCCACCGGAUACUCCUCAACACCUACAGGUGAUUUAACAACCACAACAGAAUGCUCUUCAACUCCUACCAGUGGUUCGCCAACCGCAUCGGAAGAAUCUCCAACUCCUACUGAUGGCUCACCCACCCCCACGGAAGGUUCCUCAACACCAACUGAUGAUUCAUCAGCCUCCACCGAAGACUCGUCAACGCCUACAAAUCAUUCACCAACUACAACUGAAGCCUGUGCAACAACAACUGAUGAUUCACCAACCCCUACGAAUGGUUCACCCACCCCUACGGAAGGUUCUUCAACAUCUACCAGUGGUUCCCCAAGCCCAACUGAAGCCUAUCCAACUCCUACUGAUGGCUCACCCACUCCCACGGAAGGCUCCUCAACACCAACUGAUGAUUCAUCAGCCUCCACCGAAGACUCUUCAACGCCUACAAAUCAUUCACCAACUGCAACUGAAGCCUGUCCAACACCAACUGAUGAUUCACCAACCCCUACGAAUGGUUCACCCACCCCUACGGAAGGUUCUUCAACAUUGACCAGUGGUUCCCCAACCCCAACUGAAGCCUCUCCAGCUCCUACUGAUGACUCACCCACCUCCACGGAAGGUUCUCCAACACCAACUGAUGAUUCAUCAGCCUCUACCGAAGACUCUUCAACGCCUACAAAUCAUUCACCAACUGCAACUGAAACCUGUCCAACACCAACUGAUGAUUCAUCAACCCCAACUGAAACCUCUCCAACUCCUACUGAUGGCUCACCCACCCCCACGGAAGGUUCCUCAACACCAACUGAUGAUUCAUCAGCCUCCACCGAAGACUCUUCAACGCCUACAAAUCAUUCACCAACUACAACUGAAGCCUGUCCAACAGCAACUGAUGAUUCACCAAUCCCUACGAAUGGUUCACCCACCCCUACGGAAGGUUCUUCAACAUCUACCAGUGGUUCCCCAAGCCCAACUGAAGCCUAUCCAACUCCUACUGAUGGCUCACCCACUCCCACGGAAGGUUCCUCAACACCAACUGAUGAUUCAUCAGCCUCCACCGAAGACUCGUCAACGCCUACAAAUCAUUCACCAACUACAACUGAAGCCUGUGCAACAACAACUGAUGAUUCACCAACCCCUACGAAUGGUUCACCCAGCCCUACGGAAGGUUCUUCAACAUUGACCAGUGGUUCACCAACCCCAACUGAAGCCUCUCCAGCUCCUACUGAUGACUCACCCACCUCCACGGAAGGUUCUCCAACACCAACUGAUGAUUCAUCAGCCUCCACCGGAGACUCUUCAACGCCUACAAAUGAUUCACCAACCCCAACUGAAGCCUCUCCAACCCCCACGAAUGGUUCACCCACGUCUACGGAAGAUUCUUCUACACCAACUGAUGAUUCUCCAACCCCUACGAAUGGUUCACCCACCCCCACCGGAGACUAUUCAACACCUACAGAUAGUCCACCUACUAUACCUGAACCUACAGGAGAUAUCCCUGACUGUGACCCGACAUGUUGUAAUCGGAAGGACGGUGUUACUAUAGUUAUGGAGCGUGAUUGCCAAAAAUUCAUAGUUUGUGUAGGCGGAAAAGAAAAUAUAUUUACUUGCUCAAAUAACUUGCAAUUCAAUUCUUUGACCGGUGAAUGUGACUAUCCGGAAAACGUGAACUGUUCAACGCAUCAAUUGCCACCAAGUGGGCCCUCGGCUGGUCCUUCUGGAACUUAUUGUGAAACAGGCGGCCGAUGCGUGGGCCAACGUGAUGGUACCUCCUUCGCUAACAAAACUGAUGAGUGUAGCUCGGACUAUGUCAUUUGUCAAUGUGAGUGCGAAGUGAAGCGCAGCUGCCCUUCUCAAUUGAUGUUCAACGUUAAGUUGGGUAUUUGCGAUUGGCCCACAAGUUUCGGUUGCUAA